AAGGGGCUGCCGGGAGCGGGCUGAGGCGGCCGGGCCGGGCCGGGCCUUUGCCGGCACCGCCGAACUCCUGAGGGAGCGGGAGCGGGAGCAGGAGCAGCGUUCGGGCUCCACCUGAGGGGCCUCGGGCUUUACAAACCCCACCCCCGGCCGCUCCCCCGCCGGCGAGGCCCGGCCCAUGGCUCUGCGUUCGGCGGGUCGGGUCCGGGCCGUUUCCUGGCGGCUGCAGAGGGCCCCGCAGGUUGGGUCCGCGUCAUGCGGGACUACGAGGAGGUGACCGCCUUCCUGGGCGAGUGGGGACGCUUCCAGCGCUUGGUUUUCUUCCUCCUCAGCGCCAGCAUCGUCCCCAAUGGCUUCAAUGGCCUCUCCAUCGUCUUCCUGGCCGGGACCCCCGAGCACCGCUGCGCAGUGCCCCGCGGAGCCAACCUGAGCGGCGAGUGGCGGAACGCCAGCAUCCCGCUGGAGCUGCGGGCCGGCCGGCCGGUACCGAGCCGCUGCCGCCGGUACCGCUUGGCCCACCUCGCCAAUUUGUCGGCCUUGGGGUUGCGGCCGGGUUGGGACGUGGAGCUGGGCUCGCUGGAGCAGGAGCCGUGUCUGGAUGGCUGGGAGUACAGCCGGGAUGUCUACAGCUCCACCAUCGUCACCGAGUGGAAUCUUGUGUGUGACAACGACUGGAAAGGACCCCUGAGCACCUCCCUCUUCUUUGUGGGUGUCCUGAUUGGAUCCUUUGCAUCAGGACAGCUCUCAGACAAGUUUGGCAGGAAGAAGGUGCUGUUUGCAACCCUGGCAAUGCAGACUGGCUUCAGCUUCAUCCAGAUCUUCUCUACCAACUGGGAGAUGUUUUCAGCCUUUUUUGUGCUGGUUGGCAUGGGACAGAUCUCCAACUACGUGGCAGCAUUUGUUCUGGGGACAGAAAUUUUGGGCAAAUCAGUCCGUGUGCUGUUCUGCACCCUGGGGGUUUGCAUAUUCUAUGCCUUGGGCUACAUGUUGCUGCCCCUCUUUGCUUAUUUCAUCAGAGACUGGAGGAUGCUGCUGCUGGCACUCACUCUGCCUGGGUUACUCUUCAUCCCACUCUGGUGGGUCAUUCCAGAGUCUCCCCGUUGGCUGAUCUCCCAGGGAAGGUUUCAGGAGGCAGAAGAAAUCAUCCGAAAAGCUGCAAAAACCAAUGGGGUUCCAGUCCCAGAUGUCAUCCUUGAUCCCAGUGAGCUGCAAGACUUGGAUUCCCAGAAGCAACAGAGCUACACCAUUCUGGAUCUAGUGAGAACCAGGAAUAUCCUGACUAUCACAAUUAUGUCAGUGCUGCUUUGGAUGAUCAUCUCCGUGGGGUAUUUUGGGCUUUCUCUUGACACUCCUAACUUGCACGGGGAUGUCUACAUGAACUGCUUCCUCUCAGCAGUGAUUGAAGUCCCAGCCUACACCAUCUCCUGGCUGCUGCUCCGCAACCUCCCCCGCCGGUACUCGAUGGCUGCUGCGUUGUUCUUGGGAGGCUGUGUCCUGCUCUUCAUUCAGCUGGUGCCUUUACAUCUCCGUGCCCUGUCCAUCUUCCUGGUGAUGUUAGGGAAAUUUGGGAUCACCUCUGCCUUUUCCAUGGUUUACGUUUACACAGCUGAGCUCUACCCAACUGUGGUGAGGAACAUGGGAGUGGGAGCAAGCUCCAUGGCCUCCAGGCUGGGCAGCAUCCUCUCUCCUUACUUCGUUUACCUAGGUGCCUAUGAUAGGUUCCUGCCUUACAUCCUGAUGGGAAGCCUGACUGUGCUCUCAGGAAUUCUGACUUUAUUUCUGCCAGAAAGCUAUGGGAUGCCUCUGCCAGACACAAUUGAGCAAAUGCUGUUGGUGAAAGGAUUUGAGUACAGGCCUGCAUCUGGUAGCCCAAGGGAGUCCAAGGAGGAGGAAGAAAACCCAGAGAUCUUUAAAAGCACAGCUUUUUGAUGGGAUUCCUCUCUGCUUCCUGGUGGACUGAAAAAAUGAAUGGACCUUUCACCUAAGAGUCAUUCUAGAAAGGGCUAGUGGUAACUUUGUUUCCUGCAAUUUUAACCUUAUUUAUUAAUUUAAGCACUGUGUUCCCUACCUUCUCUUUUUAUAUGACCAGAAAUACUGUAAAGCCUUCAGUGAGAUUGCUCAGCCAGAGGUGUUUCAGUGCAGUAGUACCAUGGAACAGAGUUAUCUGAUCAAUCCUUUGUCACUUUAGGUGGAUAGGUCAGCUGAAAGAUACUUGAAAAUUAAUUUGAGGGCUGGCAAGAUACCUGGGUUCCUCAGAGAGCCUUCUCCAGAGAUCAAGAAGUACAAAUUGCAAAGAAAAAGCUGCUAAUUGGUUUUGAUCCCUUGACUUCUGCCCCCUGGACAGGAAACUUUAUUUAUUACACUGAAGGUUAUGAGAUGAUGCUUCUCUGUGCUCUUCCUCAAAAUGAUUUUGCAGAUGCUGAAUUUGUUGCCAGAUUCAGGAAGGUGCAAAGAAAGAUUCUGAGCAUAAAUUCUUGAGAGAUUUGGGAGGUUUGCCUCGCACAAAAUAUUCAGAGCACUGAAGUUUUGCUCACAAAACUCAAUUCCAGUGCUGGUUUUUACUGUACUGGGGUGGUGAAGUGUUUACAUCUCCUUCCAGGCUGAAUUUUAUUUUCAAGGAUGCAAAAAAGGUUUCAUCCCUGUGCAGGGAGAGUGGUGUUGGGUUGGGGUUCUUCCCUCCUGGAAAUUUUCUAAACUGUUUUUAAUGUUUUCUGUGCAAUUUGGAUGAUGGAAACAACUCUCCUGUCUCUGUGCUUUCCAGGCACAUGCACACAGCUCAUGUAUUUAGAGGUAAAUUUGGGUGAUAAUCUUUGCCACUCCUUUGACCUUGUGGUGGGACAGAGUGAGAAUGAAAUUCAGAUUCUAUUUCUAACCACUGGGUCUCCAUUUCUCAAGUGCCAACUGUGUGCUGGCUCUGAGCUCUGGUAUUUCACUCAGCUCAUGUCAGCAGAUUUGUUUUCAAAUUUUGGUUAUUUAAAAACAAACAAAACAAAACAAAAGCCCCAAAUCACUUGCCAAGAAAUUACCACGUGGGUUGCAAAAGCACCCCUGGCAUUACCUGUGUUUGUUUAAAUAUAUCCAGUAUAUUUCUGUACACUCUCCUGUGUGCCCUUCUGCUUGUGCUUCCACAGGUGGCAGUGCUGAAAGAUCCCUCUCUUGUAGCACUUGUUUGUGUUUUGUUCUGUCUUGUGGGAAUUUAAUAAACAGAACCUGAACCUUUGUAGCCAAGGUUGGGGUUCCCUCUGCUGCAGCAGCUGCUGGUGGAAGUUUGAUGGUUUUCUGCUCUCUUGAAAUACAUCCAUGGCAUUGAUUCCACACUCUUGUGAACCUUCUGUCUUUCCCCACCUCCUUUUGGGGUUUAAUUCCUGGCUGCAGCUGGAUGUUGCCCAGUGUUACCAGCUCAGAGAAUGGUACCAAGGAAAGCACUUUGGUUGUCCCAUCAGUUUUUCUUGGAAAAGAAAUAAUCCCCCAGGGUUUGGGGAGGUUCAGGGUCACUCCUGCUGAACAGCUUGGGGUCAGAUUGUGGUUUGAAGCUGGGGUAGAAAUUGAGAACCUGGAUUUUGCAAGGCUGGCUGCACAUCCCAUCAUAAAUACUAUCCCAUCAUAAAUAGCCUUGCCAUGAGCAUGUAAGAACCAGUCCUCCUCACCCAAAAAACAUGAUCUGAUCUGUCAGGCUUCCCAGCUGACUUGAAAGAGUUGUUGCAAAGCUGAGGUGAUGCCCUCAAACCUGCUCUUGUUCUUUGGAAACCUGGUGUCUGGAAGCAUUUUUCUUUUCUGGGUGUUGGAGGGGAAUGAUCUGAUAACCAGAGGAAUCUGCAGCUUCCUUGGCAUCAGUUUGCAAGUGUAAACACUCUCUGCCUGUAAACUCUUGCAGGAAAUCUCCAGCCCUGUGAGAUGCAGGUGAGCCCUAAAAUACAGAGUGGUUCAUGUCUGAUUCACCUGUCCUUCCUUCCCCACUCUUUCACCCAGCUCUGUGCCACACCAGUGAGGCUUUUCUUCUGGAAUGUUGAAAUAUGUUUACUAAAGUUUGGUGGGUUGUUUUGUGGCUGUUUUAUUAUUAUAUUAUUAUUAUUUUUAAUCCAGGCAAAGUAGAGAACCCAAAGGCCAUCUCUCUGGGUCAGAACCAUACAUUUUUUGUUCAGGCUUAUCUUGGGAAAACCAAAAAACACCAGUCACAAAUGUAGAAUGUAUUUAAUGCAGCUUACUGGGUUAUUUUGCUUUGUUUUUUUUUUUAUUUUACCUUCUUUUCAGCUUUCUAACAGCAGAAGCUUGCUGUAGUGGGUAGGCACAAUCCAGCUAAAAGGGGUUUCCAAAAUAAAUCUUUUUUUUUUCCAUCUUUCAGAAGUGGGAAGCCUGGGGAA